AUGACGGCAUCACUCCCCUUCACAAACAAAAUCAUCAUCAUCACAGGAGCAGGAUCCGGAAUCGGGAAAGCGACUGCUAUAAAACUCUCAACCCUAGGAGCAACCCUAGCCAUAACCGACAUAACCAGCUCCUCUCUCGAGAAAACCCUCUCUCUUUGCACACCCCCCGCCUUCGAGAAACAUGAGAAACAUUUCACAUCCGUGUUUGAUGUCGGAAAGACGGAGCCCUGUAAUGAAUUUAUUUUGAAUGUGGUUGAGAAGCUUGGGAGGGUGGAUCAUGUAUUCAACUGCGCAGGUGUAAACCCAACAGACCUCGCCACCGCCGAAAUAACAGAUGAAUACUGGGAUAAAUUAAUCAACACGAACCUCAAAGGUUUAUUCAACAUAACUCGAGCCGCAAUCCCCCACAUGCCAUCCGGCUCCACAUUCGUAAACACAUCCAGCAUAAAAGGUCUCGGUCCCGGCUCAGGCUUUGCUGUCUAUUGUGCGAGUAAAUACGGGAUCAUCGGAUUUUCCAAAUCUGUUGCGUUGGAACUUGGUAGUAAAGGGAUCCGAACCAACAUCAUAGCCCCCGGCUACAUCGACACACCCACCAACGCAUCCGUGGUCGCCGGUCCCGAAUCCGUCGCCAGGGCGGCGGCGAUGGUAAGUUCAGGGCGAUUGGGUACGCCGGAGGAGGUAGCGGAUGUGGUGGUGUUUUUGAUGAGUGAGGAGAGUCGGUAUAUGAAUGGGAGUGUGGUGGAGAUUCAUGGGGGGAUGAAGUUGUGA